AUGGCCUCAUAUCUACAUUUCGACAUACUCGUAGCUAUAGUCCACUACUGCUCCAAACACGAACUUCUUGCUCUGCGACUCACAAACAAGGCUUUCAGUGAUGCAUCGGAAUACUUCCUCUAUCGGAAUAUCUCCUUCGACUUCUACGCGAAGACUAUGACCGAAGCCGAGAGCACAUUCUUUCGGAUCAGGGGGCUGUAUGAGCAACUACGCCUGGACGGAGAGAAGGCUGCGAUGGUACGGCGGUUAGAGGUCAGAGAGAUGAAUCAUCUUACUGUCUCUCCUGCCUGCGUCGUACCAAGCUUCAUACCUAUCAGACACCGUGCAUCGACACACGACUAUGACUCCUUCAGCAGUGCCGACAGCGCACCUGAACCCGAACCACGCGACCAGCUAGUCAUGGUCCAGCUCUCGGUCGCCGCUCUCCUCUCAGUUCUUCCCUCCCUGGAAGUGUUUCAUAUCGCCGGCACAAAAAAAUUGGGAAACCAUCUCGCGCCACUUGAAGUCCUCGAAUACGCCACCUGCCCUGCUCUCAAGGAGUUUCGCCUAGAAAUCUCCCGAGACAGUAGCUGGUUUCCAAUUCGACCGACCCUAGCUGGCUUCCUUGAGCGGCAUCCUCAACUUACCGAUAUCACACUCGAGAUAGAGCAACCGACUGGUCGUGGCCUUCUCUCCAACGCAGAUCGGCUUUUCCCGCAGGAAGUGGAGACCAUCACCUUGAUUGCCACGUAUCUACCUCAGCUGGAAGAACUGGAGCUGAGGCAUACUGACCUGACAUACAAGCUUCCCUUGGUUCCGGAACGUAUCGAGGCAUUCGCUUCAGCACUCUCCUCGUUCAAGACCUUGCAAUGCUUGACAUACCGCUGGUCCGGUCACGGUCGAAUUCAGACUAUGGCCGACCGAACCGAAGCGAUUGACCGAGCGACCGUAUCAUCCAGGGGAAGAGCUUGCCCUACGCUAACUUACUGCUCACUCUAUGGAAGUGUAUGGGAGCGAAUGGACACGAGCUGGGUCUAUUCGUGCUAA